CCUCUCCCGGAAGUUGUGCGAGCGGCAAAAAUAGUGGCGGGUUUAUGCCUUUCCCGGGUGUCAAGGUAUGUUAAAUAUGAAUUUAUCAACAGUUUGGCUUAACUGCGACCGUUGUAUACUAAUAUUAAUGUUAAGCUAAGUGAUGUUGGCGUCUGUUUAACAUACUACUGCCGCAGAAAUUGUACGUUUGUGACCCCGUUGUGAUACUUCCACUUCUCUGCGUGUCAAUAAACAAACAAUACAAUACAUUACAUAGGCUCUAUAGUACUACUGGUGAGGGUGAAGGUACAUUAGAAGAUGGCUCCACAAGCAGUUGUCCAGGUGACACAGGCCUGGCUGCAGUCAUCUUGGCAUGUAAAGGUGCCUUUUGCCUGGCUGGAAGCAUGCGUGGAGUGGCUCCAGGAGGAGGCCGGAGGAGCAGGUCGUCUAUCUCAACAGCAAAUUAACCAACAGGUGCUUGACCAGUGGCUCUUGACUGACCUGAAAGACUUGGACUACCCUGUUCUCCCAGAAGGACUAGCUCAAGCGCAGAAGACUGACCUCAGCGGUAUCUUCUGUGUCCAGGUUGACUCAUUGCUGGACAUCAGUCAGCCUGCUUAUGGCCAGCUGCAGAAAUGGAAGGGCACAGACUGCUCCAAUGACGACGUAUCUGCUGUCACGCAGACCACUCAGAGACCGUGGGAGGCCAGACCCACACGCAUGCUCUUACUGCGGGUGACCGACGGAGUCCAGAACUUGGAGGCCAUGGAGUAUCAGCCUGUCCCUGCAUUGAACACUACUCUCAGGCCUGGUGUCAAGAUGCAGUUGCAAGGGCAGAUGGUUUGCAGACUCGGGGUCCUUUUGCUGGGGCCGUCCAACGUGAAGGUCCUAGGCGGGGAAGUGGAAGAGAUGUCCGAAAGGAACAACCAGGGGAGAGUACUGUGUAGGACCCUCGGACUUCCUGAAGAGCAGGAUCGAGAGGAAGAAGCUGAUGUUCUCCAGUCAAACCAAGUUGAUGGCACAAACCAAGGAGAUCAGGACCCGGAACUUGAUGACCAAGAGCUGUUGGCCAGUCUGGAGGCCCAAGAGGAGGAGAUGGUGGACAGGCCUCCGCUUAGGCCCCCUCACGACAGCGGCUACAGGACACUCAGCCAGUUUUCCACUCAGUCCUCCAGAAGUUCCGCCGUCAGGAGCGCAUCGUCCAGAAGUACAGCCUCUACCCGCCCCAACACGAGUGCAUUCAGUUCAUUCCGAAGCCGUCGCCCUAGUAACGAGCAAGAGGACUACGACCUCGUCGACCCCCAGCCUUGCGACCACGUGACCCCGGCCGACGAAGACUUUCCCGACGAGGAUUUUGACGACCUGACCCUGGAGGAGUUGGACAGCGUGGUCUUACACGGGGGCGCGGCGACCUCGGCGACCUCCCAAAUCCGAGAAGACGUCCUUUCUCUUGAACAGGACGCAGGCGACAUCAUGGACGACGAUAUGGACCGCUUUCUUAUCGAGGUUCAAUCCCGUGAAGUGGAAUUAAAAGGUGAUCCAAGCCAAUUAUGUGGAAAUAAAAUGGAUUCGGUUUCUAUUCGGAAACGUGAGAGCUCCCAUGGUGCGGUCCAGGGAUUAAGUCACGCCUCCAGCACUGCAGAACGUGAUGGAACACCACCAAAAAAUAACCCCAUCACUUUGUCCUCUACUCCAUUUACAUACCUGUGUCUUCUGGAGGACAUUUUGUCCACCCCAGAACCCCCCACUUCCACAAAGAUCCUCAUCAAAGCCUUCAUCGUGACCCUAUUGGGAAAACUGAGUUCCCACAACGGCUUAUGGAAAAUUUCCGCGACAGUGUCAGACGGAAGCGGGUACCUGGACGUGGAGCUCUCAGACCAGGUCCUGACGGGCCUUCUGGGUUUCUCGGUGUCGGAGAAAGGGGCCAUGAGGCGUGACGCGGCCCGGAGAUGUGAGCUGGACGCCGGAAUGCGGCGAUGUCAACAAGAGCUGGUGGACAUGUGCUGUCUUAUGACCGUCGAGGUGGUCGCCGACGGGAGAGCGGUGGUGACACGGGCCGAACCUGUCAGCGAGAGGGUCCACCGGGGGCUGGAGAAGAGGGUGAGAGACGGGAGGAAAUGAGAGUUAGAGGGGGGGCCGUAAUAAGACAGAACACAUUGCUGGAUGUGAAAAUGAGAAAAAGACAAAUGUGGCAUUUUACAUCAGCACAAACCUAAGAUGUCCUUUAAUGAGACUUUUUUGGGGGGGGGCAGCUCAUGAUCAAGCCGCCCUUCUGCUUCCAAUCUGGAGGAGACAAUGUGUGAACUUGAAAUCCAUGCCGCAAUGCAUCCCAUCUGCUAGAUGUGAAUAUAACAUGCUGUCAUUCCAUUCAUUUAUUCACACUGCUAUUUUCUACAUGCUAUGCCCUCCAUCAGAUAUGGAAAAAAUGUUCAAUUUCAACUACAGCAGUAUGGAAAAUAAUAUUUUUAAAGAAUAUUAAAAAAAAAACGCAUUUAUUAAAAACAGAAAAAUAUACAUACUUUUUCAGUGUCUUAAUUUUUAUUUUUCGGCGCAAAAUAAGAUGAAAAAUAAAUAAAAAAAUCAAAAAUAAAGAAAAUCAAUCAAUUAGUAAUAAAUAAUUAUAAUAAUAAUAAAACGGCAAAUAAUAAAAACUUAAGAAACCACAUAUAGUUGGUGGGUAGACAUUUUUUUUUCAGAUUAAAAUGAACAAAGCAUUAUUAGAGCCCUGUAGACAUGACAAAACACGACUAUAGUCACAUUUAUACUUAUUUUUAUUUACAACAUAUUGCGCAACUGCAGGGUCUUGAGACACAUGCUAACUCGCAAACUAGAGAGCUAGCGACCUAAACGGUAGCCUUCAAGUUAUUUCCUUUAAACUUAAAUAGCCAAAAACUUACCACUUCCACACGGAUAGGGUGGAUAACUAUAACAGUUAACAGUUAACAGAUAACAGUUAUUUAACCUUUAACAUGAACAUUAAUCUAACGUAAUAAUUUUUUCUGGGUACAUGAUACCAUACAGCAUCCAUAUUGAAUUAAACUUGUGAAGUGGGGGCCUCAAACUAGUGUCCUGCGGGCCACAUUUGGCCCGCGGGCCGCAUGUUUGAGACCCCUGACUUAACACUACUUCGCUUUUGAUGGCUUGUAAAGUCUUGGUAUAACACUUUGGAAUGGUGGUUUGUGAUUGGCUGGUGACCAGUCCAGGGUGAACCCCGCCUAUACACACAAUAACCCCGCACAGAAAGCUUUCUAGUUCUUCCAGAAUCCACACCUAUUCAGCUGUAUUGCUUUGGAUUUUGUGCUUCCCACGAGAAGAGUCUGUUUUAAUGUAUUCCACCCACGGCCCCGCUGCGGUUGGUCACAGUCCCGAGUCCUUGGAAGGAUUGUUGUGUCGUUAGCAGAGAGCUUUAGCAUUUUAGCAAUUGUACAGUAUCGGUAACACACACAGUUCCGUUGUAAAAGUAAAAAUUGUAACAAAUUCAUGGUGUUAUAUCGGUAAAAUAUUGAUAUUUUUAUGUAUUGUUUAUGUUGUGGCAUGGUUUUAGCGAAAUAUUUAUGGGUUAGCCUUAUUUAACCUUUAACAUGAACAUUAAAUGUAAUAUUUUUUUCUGGGUACAUGAUACCAUACAGCAUCCAUAUCAAACUUUAAACUUUCAUAUCAAAAGCGGGGGCCUCAAAUUAGUGUCCUGCGGGCCACAUUCGGCCCGCGGGCCGCAUGUUUGAGACCCCUGAUUUAAAGCUAUAACUGCUUUUGGAGUGUAGAAAACGGAAUGGGGUUUAUAUUCAGAUUGCUGUAAUGAAUUGCCGCCUUUGCAUUCAUUCAUUACGUCCAUUAUGUCCCACUGGAAAAUAAUUGAAUAUGGAAGGGCAGCACGGGUCUUCAAUAAAGUCGCCCCGGGAGGGAAAAUAAGCGGAAAGGAAAAUGAGGAAGCGGCCAUGAUUUUCUAUUCUUUCUGUUCAUUACAGCGCAACUCAGUGUUUUUGGUCCUGAUGACUUCACAUGAGACUAUUUGAGCUUUGUUAGCAUUAAAAGUAUAUAAUUGUUCUUUAAAGUCUUGUAUUUUUAUAUUUUUUAUUUUUUUAUAUAUAUAUAUGAAAUAAAUGUUUCAAUCUAAGCCGGUCCGGUGAGUCCUCCAGAUUAGAUGAAUAGCAAACCACCAAGGUUUUUUUUUUUUUUUUCAAGGUUUCAUUAAAUGGCGCCUGUUGGGAAACACUCCAAAUCAAAAGGUGGCCAUUCAGAUGGAGAAA